AUGACUAUCCCCAAGUGCUGCAUUUGCAAGGAAGACUACACUGACGAAAAUGGGGACCGAAUUCCAAAGAACUUGGGUCAGUCUCUUAUGAAAAUUUAGAUUUUUUAUUGUUACUUCCGAUUUUCAGCAUGUGACCACUCAAUGUGUCUAGAUUGCGCUGAGCAACUGGUAGCAAACGGACAAAUUGUCUGUCCUUGGUGCCGAAACACAACCAACGUGGAGAACAACGAUGUAAAAGUGUUGCGUAAGAAUUUCGGCCUCCUACAAGCAAUUUAUGAUGCAAAAUUUGCCUUGAAUCAAAUGGCAAGAGUGAGUUUUAAACUGAACGUUUGUAAAAGAAUAAUACCUUUUCUUGAGGAGUUGAAAAUUACCUCUCCUCCCCGUUGCACUGUCCACACGUAUAAUUUGGCUGAAUUUGUGUGUGUAGUAAGAGUUGUCCCGAAAGUUCUCAAUGCCAUCAGUUCAUCUUUCUAGACUAAAACGUGUGAGUCGUCUGACAAACUGAUGUGCCGAACUUGCGAAGAGUUCGGAGUUCACAAAGGGCACGAAAGAGGUCUACUUCAGGAUGAAAGUGAACGAAUCAGACAGAUGCUGCGGAAUGCUGAGGAGAAGCUGGAAUCAAUGACGUCAAACACUGACGAAUUGAUUUCAGCGUCUGUAAAGUAUGAGAAAGAAUUUUGUUCGGGAACGGAUAUUAAGACGCGUCAGCGUCGUCCAUAAGACUCAACCACCGUGACGCAUGAAAAUUUCAGAGUGAUCUGAUUGGUCCCAUAUUAUAACGAAUUGUUACCCCCAUGGCACUGAUACCAAAAAAGGAUAUUAGGUCCGGCUCCAUCCAUGGUCCCUGUUCAGAUCGCGGUCCCUUGAUCGGUCAACCACUGUAACUUUGUUCAAAAAAAUCCUAGCGACUCAGGCUCAACGCCAUUCGAUUCCUCGCUUCUUUUUAAGCAUUUUUCAUAUGGGGAUCAAAAAUUUGCCAAUCGGAUCACUGAAAUAUUCAUGCGUUCUGGUAGUCAGUUUUGGCCGAAUCUUACAGAAAACGCGUGUUCACUUUACAGAGCUCAAUUAUCCUUCAGCACUGAAAGUGAUGAUUACAAACAGAAGGUUAUGGAGGUGUGGUCAUCAGAAAAACAUAUUUGAAGAAAAAAAAAUAGUUUACUUGUCAGAUAAACUUGCACUUUGAUAAAAUGAGAAGAUUGGUCGAUGAGCGAGAGGAAGAGGCUUUGGAAAUGCUACGUUCACUGAAGAGUGCUCAAAUUGAAAUUUUACAAGAGAAAGAAUUUUUUCUUAACGAUAGAAGAGAAGAUAUUUUGAUUCAAAAAAAGAAUCUGGCAGAGAUGCUCCGCUUCAAAAAUUCCAAACUUGUCGCAAAUAAAACCGUGAUCGAGACAUUCUGUCGAGCAAUUCAGGAGAAUCAGGAGUUCGUGUUUGAAGGUCAGUCGUUGAGUGCUCAUUUUCAGUUAAAAAAGCGAGCUUCAGAAAAUCAAAAAUCGUUGUGUGAAGUUUUUGUGGACUUCCCGGAGUUUCAAUGCGGAAAAACCACUGUUGAUUUCAAAGCGUCGGAAGAGAAAUGAGAAACGCUUACAUAAAAAGUUGUAUUUUGUCUGAAUCUGUCAUCAAAAACUCUUUAUUCCACUUUUUUGAAUGUAUUAUUUAUAAAGAAGACUUAUUAAUAAAAAAGUGCAAAAUGAUCAAAUACAGAGUUAUUGAGCUCACAAAGUGUUCUAUUCACUAGUUUAGAAAUAUUAAAUGAUUUUUAAGAUAAAAGUGAUGAACAAUUCGAAGAUCUUAGAGUAGGGCGAAGAAAAAUACUUUGAGGCACCAGAUCGGGCCCUAAAUAUGAUUUUGUUCGGAAAUUAAUGCUAUCCUUUACUUCUAUGUGCUAUUUUCUUCUAGUUUUGUCUUAAUUGGAUACACGAGAACACCUUUUUUUGCCAAACAGUUCGCCGCCGCUCUCACCGUUUUGAAGACAUGCUGCAUGAUAGCCGUUGUCGAGCCGAUCAAUCGAUUUUUCGGCAUUCGUGAUCUUUCGUAUUUUUUUCUCGUCGUUGCUGCUUUGAAAUAAUUUCAAAACUGUCUUUGCAGGUCAGAAAACUCCGCGGAGCCGUCUAUUCACCGGUGCCAGUUCGUUUUCCAAUCGUGUCGUCGAAUAUUCUCACGGUAGGUUCGCAUUUUUUCAAAUCAUCAAUCAAUAAUCACCUAUUCCAGGAGAAUAUGCAAGUUUAUGGAUCUCUACGAGUUUUUAAAGGAAAAGAAAACGCCUAUUCCCUUCUCUCGUCUGGGUUCUGCCAGUCGGAGUUCAGUCUGGGCUCAACAACAACGUCUCGCUCGUUCGGUGUUUCAGGAAUGCCACCUCCACGCUCGUGCACUGCUUCGACUGGAACGUUGGCCGACAAAAAGGUACCACUCGUUACGACGCAUGGCCGUGCUGAUUCCCAGAGAAUGUCGUUCUUGGUAAGAUCACAAGAACCUUGAAAGACUGACCAAACUAAAUUUUAGAAGCCCGAAGGCAUCCAACACGUGGCUGGAAUCAACGGAAUAACCGCCGAAAGCUAUGAGGAAUUAUGA